AUCCAUUUUAUAUCAACAGCGGCCUAGUCCUAUGUUUGAUGACUGAGUUUUGCCCUGUGUAUGCUAUGAUAUGAAAAGACUUUCACACAUAGGGCAUUUAUUUGCUCAUAGAGGGAGAUUGACCAGACUUUCGUUCUUUACGUUUGGAUCUACAUGAGCUGGGGAAAUGACCACAUUCGGUGGAAUCAGGACAAGUUUUGUGGACUCAAACAUGUUGUCGUUCCCACCGAAGUAUUGUGGAAGCCAGAUCUAACUAUUGAAGAGAUGACAGAGAAGGACAAGGCGCCUCCGAGUCCUUACCUCACUGUUACACACCAGGGUCUCAUCGAACUCAGGAACGACUUGAUGCUGGUCAGCACCUGCAGGAUGCAAGUUUACAAAUUCCCCUUUGACAUCCAGAGCUGCAACCUCUCCUUCAAGUCCGCGGUGUACUCCGACGACGAAAUCAAAUUUGCAGCCAUCCUCAACGCUUCAAAGUUCACCGAGUGGUCUCGUGAGGUCAUGCGGAUCCAGUACGAGUGGCUGUUCCUCAACAUGACCGUCCAUGAGAAAACUGUCAACAAUCUAAGCUACAACCAAAGCAUGAUUGUUUACACAAUCACCAUGAAGCGGCGGUCUGUCCUCUACAUCGCCAACUUCCUGCUCCCCAUCAUGUUCUUCUUGUGUCUGGACUUGGCCUCCUUCCUGAUCUCAGACAGCGGGGGCGAGAAGCUCGGCUUCAAGGUCACCGUGCUGCUCGCCGUCACUGUGAUGCAACUGAUCCUCAACGACAUUCUGCCCUCCUCCUCAGACAGGAUCCCUCUCAUAGCCGUCUACUGCAUUGGGAUGUUUGGUUUGAUGAUGCUGAGCCUCCUGGAGACCAUUUUGGUGAUGUAUCUGAUGGCUAAAGACUCUCAAGACAACGAGGCAGAUACAAACCAAAGCCUGAGUGAGGACUGUGGAGACAAACUGGGAAAGGUUGUCCUCCACAACUAUGAUCCAGAGGUGAAGAACUCGGCACGAUGUGGCUGUAUCUGUGAAGUGUCCGCCGAUGAUCCUCCAUCUGAAAUGCUGGCGCUGGACAGAGAGGGCGAAAGCCGUCGACUGGCGGAGGAGUCCAGUGGCUCGGAAAAGAUCUUGCAUGAGCUGAAGGGGCUGGAGAAAACACUGAAUCUGCUCCUCAACAGCAGAAAAGAAGAAGGGAAGCCUGGCUACUGGACCCUGGUGACUAAAACAAUCAACAAGGUGUUCUUCCUUUUCUAUGUCACGGUGGCCUGUCUCUUUUUAGCAGUCAUCUUUACAAUGUGGAUCAACGCUCAAGAUGAGUAGUGAAUCAAAAUAAGAUGUUUUGUUUUUGUCGUAAUGGUGACAAAAGGAGAGAAAGGCAGCAAUACUUUGUACUAUUGUACUAGACACAGAAAGUGGUUUGUUCUGCACCAAAGUUCUGAAACAUGUAGUUCUUGUGUGUUUUAUAAAGUGCACAUCUCACACAUACACUCUGUACUGGCCUUACGGGACUUAUCUGUUUGUAUUAUCAACUGCCAUUAAUAGAUAUUCCAUUGUUAUUUAAUAUGCAAUGCAAUA